AAAGUAAAGUAGUGUAGGCCUACUUAUAUUUUAUAGUAAUUAAUUAGGCUGACUAAUUAAGUGUAAAUUCUAGUUCUUGAGAUCUGUUCUACAUCCACCUAAUAUAAACCUAGUUUUGUAAUUUAGGCCUAAUUUAGAAAUUUGUUAUGCUGCGAAAGAUGUCAUCAGGUAUUACAAAAAGUACCAUAGCCAGUCAGUUAAAACAAGUUCAAGACAAAAUACAGAAUGCAGCUUCACGAAGACCUGGGCUUCUUCAGUACACACACCCCCGUCUUGUUGCAGUAUCAAAAACUAAAGGCACAGACUUGAUCAUUGAAGCUUAUGAUGCCGGACAACGCCACUUUGGAGAAAACUAUGUUCUAGAACUUCAUGAAAAAGCAAAUGAUAUUGAGAUACAGGACCAUUGUGAAGAUAUCAAAUGGCAUUUUAUUGGACAUUUGCAAAGAAACAAAGUUGGCAAACUUUUAGAUGUUCCAAACCUUUAUGUGGUUGAAACAGUUGACAGUGAACGUUUAGCAAAAGCUGUGAAUGACACAUGGGAGAGACUGAACAAAAAAUCCCCUUUACGUGUAAUGGUCCAAGUUAAUACAAGUGGAGAAGAUAAUAAAAGUGGAUGUGCACCACAAGAGACUACAAGUAUUGUUAAGUAUAUCAGAGAGAAGUGUCCACAGAUUACUGUAAUGGGGCUUAUGACUAUAGGAUCUUUUGAUCAUGAUCCACUGACUGGGCCUAAUCCAGACUUCAAGACACUUUAUGCUGUAAGAGAAGAAGUAUCCAGAACUCUAAACAUUUCCAUACAAGACUUAGAACUGAGCAUGGGAAUGUCUGCUGAUUUUGAACAUGCAAUAGAAAUGGGUAGCACCAAUGUGAGAGUGGGCAGCACAAUAUUUGGUGACCGCAGUGCACCACCUAAAGUUGAAAAGUCACCAGAAGAAUCCAGCUCUUCCAGCAAAAAUGUUGACACAGUGUCAGGUGAUGCAAGUUCUUUACAUAAGACUGAAGGAUCAGAUCCACAUACACUGAAACUGCAAAGCCUCUCACUUACCUAGAACUUGUACAGAAAAAGGAUGUGAUGUUUACUUGCCAAAGAAAGUAUUGGUUGAUUCUACUUUAUUUUUUGUUUAAUUUUCUGAAGAAAAGGAUGUGAUAAAGACACUUAAUAAACAGCUCACAGAGUGUCCACACUAAGGUCAUUAAAGGUGCUGUUUAAG